UUCAGGAUUUCAGCUGUUAGUGCAACGCAUAUAACUCUGUUUGUCUUGUUCAUAUUAAUUUUAUCUCCACAUCUAAAAAUGUCUACAAAUUUAAUUAACAUACAAUUGACUGGAGAAGGCGCCAAUGUCAAAAACGAGCCUAAUAAUAAAAAUAAAAAGGUACCUCCUAUAGGAAAUAAGAAGCAAAAUCAACCAUUUACAUUAAACAAAAAAAAGAAAAAAAACAAGAUAAAUAACUUACAAAAUUUUAAUAAUACAACCCCAGCCCAGUUCUUUGCUCCGCACCAGGGACCAAACUACUUUGUACCUCCAAAUCUGGCUCAAAAUGUGGGGGCACCAAGUUCAUACACAAUGCCUGGGAUGCACCAAAACAUGAUCGGACAGAAUGCUCAGCACACGCUACGUCCACAAGCACUUGGACCCAAAAAGGCUAGAAGAAAGUUGAACUUGAUAUUUUACAUACAGCAAGCUGCUGCUGCUGCUGACCCGGCAGAAAAAGAGAGAAUAGCGUUGGAGAUGAGUAAAGUAGAGCAACUGGACUCUGAAUUACAGAAAUACUAUAAAUUAGUUAGUAUUAACAAAUCAAUACUGAAUCAGAAUGCUCAGCCCGCGCCACCUCCACAAGCACUUGGACACAAGAAAUCUACAAGAAUGUUGAAACUGCGAUCCCAAAUACAGGACGCUGCUGCUGCUGCUAGCCAGGCAGAAAAAAAAAGAAUAGCGUGGGAGAUGAGUAUAGUAGACAGACUGGACUCAGAGAUAGACAAAUACUAUAAAUUAUGUACAAUUAAAAGUUCAAUAUUUAAACAACGAAUCAUUGGAAUACCUACUAAAAAGUGUUUGUAUUUGAUAAACACAAUAAAGAAAUCUGCCGCUACUGCUAUCCAGACAGAACAAGAGAGAAUAGCGUGGGAGAUGAGUAAAAUUGAACAAAUGGACUCAUCAGAGCAGAAAUUCCAACAUUUAGUUAAGCUUAAGAAGUCAUUAGACAUAGGCAAUAAAUCAAGAACCUUCACAAAAACGGCUGAUCCAGCAGCGCUAAAGCAACAAAAACCAGUUACAACAACUUUAACAGCACCAGCAAUAAAUGAAGACUUCACACAAGACAUUGUGACACCAGCACAAAGUUUCCAGCAGCAACAUAACCAGUCCCAUGUUGUCAACCCAAAUAUAAUUCCAACCAGAAGAGGGGGGCAAAACAAAAAAAAGAACACUGUACAGAAUAUGCAUGUGUUUGACAACUACAAACAUGGCGGUAGUACGAGCCAGUUCCAAGCCCCGCACCAAGACGAGCCGGAGGACCUGUCAGACGAUCUGGCCCCGCACAUGGGGCAGGGACAGCAGCAGCCUGGUACUCAGACCCUGCCCGUUACAGUGGAAAAUAAACUAAACUUUAAGUUCCAAAGAACCACCCAAACAAAGACUCAAGACUGGUCCGAGUACCAGAACAAGUUUAAGCGGAUUGGGGGCGCCUCUCCAGAUCACGAUGAAGAAGGCAGCCAGGAGGUCAAACAGGAACUCAAUAAGGACCAGUCUUUUAAUACUGGAUUAAAUACCAACCUCCGAACACAGAUCCCUUCGAUCAGCCAGCAAACAUUCACAGCCACUCAACAGAAACCAGCAGUCGCUACGAAAGUCGAACUAAAAACAACUCGGAAGUCAACAGAGAUACCUUUGAAGCCAAUAGACGUGCGAGUGCGGAACGCGAACGCGGGUUACACCGUACCCCAACCUGCCCCUAAUAUGCACAGUAAUAUUCAUCUGUCCAAGCUGUCCUAUGAAACCUACCCGAAAGGUAUACCGAAAUCAUUUUUGCCACAAGAAAAUAAUCCCGUUGCUCCACAUCCGAUCCCAGGUUGUAGCUUUCCAGCAGGUAUACCUCGAUCUUUCUUAAUCCAAGAACAACAAAGAUUGCAAGAGAUGCCACAGCCCAUACCUCUUCAGAUCCCAGCAGACCCCAAUUACCAACGCCAACCAGCCUUCAUGGACCUACCAAGCUGGAUCUUGCCGAGCCAACCCCCCGAGCCUCCACAACAGAUACACGAACACUUGUCGCCAAACGUUGGUCCCCCAAUGUUACCAUUUGUGCAGCAGGAGCGUGUAGAACGUCCGUAUUCCCCUACUGACGUGUAUUCGGAGAUUCAGAUGGCUGAUGACGAACCCCGAGAGGGCUCAGAGUCGCCGGACCUCCUCCAGUCGAACCAGAAACGGCAGAGCGCGUUCUCUCGGCUCGGCCCCCUGACGCAGCCUAAGAAGCCCAAACUCACUAUCAACCUGCAGCUGAAUAAGGACCAGGCUGUCAGAGAGGUGGUGAACGAAACGGACGAGUCGUUCCGGUACGUGCCCGUGCACCUCCGCAAGGACAUACUCGAGAGUGAAGACGAGAUCGUCAAGAAAUACCUGCCUUUCUGGCCGUGGAAGAAAAACUUUCAGCUUCGUAAGACCGUCUCCGCUAGGAUAUCUAAGUCUGUUAUGAUUUUGGAACAAGAACAGAUGGAGGCGGGAUAUGAAAGAGACAACGUGUUUAUACAAGUCGUGGUAACAGGAUACCCAAAGACAUGGACGAAAGAAGACGUUCUCGACGCAGUCCUAGAUUGCGUGAAGGGCAAGAGCUUCAUCCCUCUAUUCACAGAGUUCACUUCUCAAAAAUGCAGGUUUCUUGUCAUCCGCUGCCAGUCUGCGUUGGUCGCCAUACAUAAAGUCGGGUUCUGCAUACGUAAGGACGACGUCGAGCUAACGUUAAGCAUAUCGCUCACAGACACAGGACUGAAUCAAAUAGAUCUAAUCCCUCGCCUCGUCUUACGCAGAAGACUGAUGAUCAUGUCAGAUGAGAACAACGUGGAUCUCACCGAGUUUCUUAUUGAAAAGGAUGUAAGCCACUUCGUGUAUUUCCCUCUAAACCGUGCUACGAAUCAGAUGGAACUGAUCCAGCUACAGAGCGCCGUGACGUGGGAGCACCUCACCGAGCUCAACCUGUCGAGGAACAGGCUCACUUCCAUCGACGGGUUCGACCUUCACAAGAACACGCCGCGCCUCAAGCGUCUCGACAUAUCCCAGAACUACCUGGAUAAGGUCACUCUACUGCUACCUAUUCGCGGCCUACCGCUCCGUUCGCUCAGACUUGAGGGCAAUCCUCUGUGCCGCGACUACAUCGAUCCUGGCCACUAUAUCAAGGUCGUUAGGAUGAUGUUUCAUGAGGUCAUGGAGUUGGAUGGUGUCCGUAUCACUCUAAAAGGCGACCUACCGUCAAUGAAACGCAACUACUGCCCGGAGGCCGCAGCGGCCGUCGUCGAGAAGUUUCUAGAAACGUUCUUCCCCCUGCUCGAGGCGGCUGACGACGACCGAGCCGCGAUCGAGGACUUAUAUGACAAAGAUGCUGUCUUGACUAUCACGUUUAGAUAUAAAUUACGUUACGGAACAGCAUUCCGGUACUUCCGAAACCUAUUCCUCCGCGCCCGGAGCCUAGAAGAGGGAGAGAAAGACAGCGUGGUGGGCGCCGGCUCCAUAACCUCCCUCAUCUGCAAGUGGCCCGACAUCGAGCACGACAGAUACACCAUCUCUGUCGACGUCAUACAUCAUGACGACUUCACAACAAUCCUCCGCCUCGGGGGCGUGCUCAAGCUCACAGCCAAGUCCUUGGCCGAAGACGAACACCUCCUAACCUUCACCAGGACCGUGGUGCUGCACUCCAAGAACGGGGCGGAGUAUAAGAUCACCAACGAGAUGCUGUACUGGGACGUGCCGAGAGAAGAGGUCACAAAGACUGCCUUCAAUGUUACCACGGUACGGCCGAAGCAACUAAGUCUCAAACUGGAGUCGCCACCAGAUGAAGAGCUAAAGUCUAAACUAACCGACAUAUUCGUCAAAUUAGCGGAUAUUGACAAAAAACGCGGGGCAAGAUGCUUGGAACUAAAAAAUUGGGAUCUUCGGAGCGCGCUGGAUUACUACAUCAUGCUUCUCAAGGUAGACGAUCUAGCGCCAUUGUCGUCACCUAAAGACUGCACGCCGGCACCACAAGCGUCGUAACAAAUUGUGUUUUAAAUAAGGAUAAUUUAAGGCU